AUGGCUAUUCCAUUCUUUGAAAAUGAGGAACAAGAGAUGCUGCAUCAGCAACCAUUGCAACAGCAGCAAACAUAUUCAUCUGAAGAGGUGGAUCAAGUGGAUGGCCACAUCAUGCAUAGCCCGCCAAUUGUAAAUAAUAUCGAAACCCCGCCAAGUUCUCCAAUGCCAGUACCCACUCCCAAUCCCACAGAAGGAGAUGUUGCCGCCUGGAAAUUGCUAGCUUUGGCCAUGUGUAAAGCUCUCAAGGAUCACUAUCAACAAAAUAUGCUGCCAUCAAAUGAUAAUGGGUCUUCAACGGCGAUAAUACAAAUUUUACCCAAUGGUCAAGUGAAGCCUUCCUGGAACUAA